UUAACUGAAGACCAGUUUUAUAAACUUCAAGAUGUUUUAAUAAAUCCUUUUCCUUUUAGUGUCAUGGUUAAACCCAGAAAAACAUGUGAAGAAAGUGUUCACAGUGUUAUAUUGGUUCACAGCACGUUUGAUAAUUUUAAAAAACGAACAGCAAUUAGAUCAACCUGGGGGUCCACAGUUAACAAAAGUUUCAUUUGGCCUAGGGUUGGGCCAUUAAAUCAUUCUAUGGCGUUGUUCUUUGUGUUUGGAAAAUACAAAGAUGAAAGCAAAAAUGAUGGAAUUUAUGAAGAAAAUUUAGAGUUUGGAGAUAUUGUACAAGGCAAUUUUGUCGAUUCUUAUAAAAACAUGACUUUAAAAUCUUUGUUAGAUUUUAAAUUUAUCAUUGAAUUUUGUAGUAUGGCAAAGUUUUUAAUAAAAAGUGAUGAUGAUAUGUUUAUAAACUUGCCUUUCCUUUUAAAUGAAAUGGAUGAAAUGCCCAAACGUUCUAUUAUGGGAGCCCUUUGUGUUGGAUCUAAAACUAGAAGAUUUGGAAAAUGGUUGAUUACCAAAGAAGAAUUUCCUUUUGAGACCUAUCCAACUUAUGAGGCAGGUGCAACCUAUGUGAUCACUCGAGACUUGUGGGAGGAUAUCUUCAAUGCUUCUUAUUUUGUACCAUAUAUAUUUAUUGAUGAUGUUUAUAUCACAGGCAUUAUUGGUAAAAUUUUGAAUGUAACCCAUGUCUCAAAAAACAAA